AGGUACUUGGCAUUGCAGCCUGGCCUUCACCUAUCGUCUUGGAUUUGAGACAGCGUCACAGUGCAUUAUGGAGACCUGUGAGGCCAUAGAGAGGAGGAUGCUUGCAACCUAUCUGCCACGACCCACUGAAGAAGUCUUGAGGCAAACUGCUCAAGAGUUUAAGGCAAAAUGGUAUAUUCCCAAUUGUUUGGGGUCGGUUGACAGAAAACAUGUUUCAGAUUACCAAACCACCAAACUACAAAAUAAAGGAACCUGCUCUGUGGUGCUACUUGCCCUUGUGGAUGCCAACUACUGCUUCACAGCUAUUCAACUGGGGGAUUUCUGGAGAAAACAGCGAUGGUGGAGUCUAUGCCAACUCCCCACUUGGAAGGGGAAUGGUGGCAAAAACCCUGCAGGUGCCCCAAGAUGCCUUUCUGCCUGGGGGUGAAGAGUUGAGAAAGAUACCAUACACAAUGGUGGGUGCUGUCUUCCCACUAAAGCCCUACCUGAUGAGGCCAAAUGCCGGGCACAACAAACAGCUACGAGAAAGACGUUUUCAACUAUCAUCUCUGUUGAGC